AUUGUCUGUCCGAUAGGUUAUGUUCCGAAGUGAUUGCAGGCAAAUUGCAGAUGUGUUAUGAAAGAGACAUAAGUUAACACAGCUAACCUAUUAUUCUGUGAAUUAAAUUAAAAAAUCAGUAAAUUCAGAAGUAUAUAUCCAUUAUAUGCUAUUCAAUGAUUGUACAACUGCUGUCUUUUCUAAACAUAACUUAUUGUUUUCUUGCAUAACAAGAAAUAUUGAUGAGAAAAUGUGAUCAAUGGAAGUGACUGAUUAACGUUAAAAAGUAUCAUGUUAUUUGUCACUCAUCCGGUGAGAAUAUGUCGGCAUAUAUCAUGCAAUCUUGUGCCAAAAUUUUCCAUCAUGUGUUCCAAAAGUUUAGUGAGGCAAAAAUCAGCAAAAGUUGCGUGCAUGGAACAACCGGCACAACAUGUAGAAGAUCAAUUACGGAUUGUCACGGUGACUCCAGUAAUUCCAUUUCCCACUAAGAAUGUUGUGCACAAAAUUAAAAAACAGCCGUGUAAAGUAGAUGAGCCGGAAUGGACACCUAUGAUAGUCGAUUACACUAGACUUCAUAAGCACUACCUCAAAUUGUCAAAAAUCAAAUUGACAUCUUUGGUUGUAGCAACGACCAUGGCCGGAUAUGCAUUAGCUCCUGCACCAUUUGACAUUUACACAUUUACAAUGUGCUCCGUCGGUACGGGCUUAGUUUCUGGUACAGCAAAUACUAUUAAUCAAUUUUUCGAAGUUCCUUUUGAUGCACAGAUGUCGCGGACUAAGAAUCGGGUAUUGGUACGCGGCCGUUUGACGCCUGUUCAUGCAGUAGCAUUUGCAGCGGUAUCUGGCAUUGUUGGAUUAUCCAUACUUUACCAUGAAGUUAAUGGCGUGACGGCGAUGUUGGGUGCCAUGAAUGUUAUCUUAUAUACGCUCAUCUACACACCGAUGAAACGCAUUAGUAUUGCCAAUACUUGGAUUGGAUCUGUCGUUGGUGCUAUACCUCCGCUUAUGGGUUGGGCAGCUUGUACCAGUGGUGUACUAACGCCAGAUGCUUGGAUCUUGUCCAGUAUCUUGUACACAUGGCAAUUUCCACACUUCAAUGCUCUUUCUUGGAACUUGAGAGCGGAUUACUCACGAGCUGGCUAUCGAAUGAUGGCUGUUACAAAUCCAGAUCUAUGUCGUAGGACAACUGUGAGAUACACGGCAGCUUUAAUGGCUCUGUGUUAUCUUGCUCCUGCAUUAGACUUGACUCAUUGGUGGUUUGCAUUGGCAUCGACGCCACUCAAUGCAUCUUUCCUUUAUCUAGCUUGGAAAUUCAAUAAGCAUUCGGAUAGUGCUAACUCUAGAAGAUUAUUUCGAUUUUCGUUACUCCAUUUGCCUCUAUUGAUGGUGCUACUACUUUCGAGCAAGAAGUAUCGGGCCGAUGUGGAAAAGCAAGCAGACAAGAUCAUAUUAUCGCAUGAAUCAGCGAACAAUGACUUGUUGACUAUUUGUAAAUCUAUCGCUCCGGCAACUUCGUCUGUAUAGUAAUAGUUUUAAAUUAAAAACUUGUCAGUGAUAGUACAAAUUA